UGAGGGUAGUUUUCCGGCGGAACAAUAACCGUGGACACACACAUUUGCGCACAUUUUUUUUCUCCAGGUUGGAUUUGUUUUUUUAAAGGAGUGAGAGAUCAUACUUCUGAUAUUUUUACAUGCAAUACCAUCCUUUUCCAAGUGGGCAUAAACUACGAUUACAGUGGUUUGUAUAUCAAUUUCUCAAAACGGCUGAACAUCACAAAUAGUCGGCGGGAGAUCGGUGAAGUGCACGUUCAGUAGCAUGGCUUCAACGGCGGACUUCAGGACUCUAGUUGAUCAGUCAUGCAGAUACUCGGAUGAAUUCGUCAAUAUCUAUUAUGACUGUAUGGAUAAGAGAAGAAGGAAUUUGACGAGGCUGUAUCUGGACAAAGCAACGCUAGUGUGGAAUGGAAAUGCUUUCACAGGUCAUGAUGCUCUCAGCCAGUUCUUCGAGAGUCUUCCUUCCAGUGAGUUUCAAGUGCAAACUCUUGACUGCCAGCCUGUGCAUGAACAAGCAACUCAAGGCCAAACGACUUUGUUGGUGGUUACAGCUGGCUCAGUGAAAUUUGACGGAAACAAACAGAGAUACUUCAACCAGAAUUUCUUAUUAACUGCCCAAGCCUCUCCUAACAGCGACCAGCCCGUAUGGAAGAUUGCAAGCGACUGUUUUCGCUUUCAAGACUGGGCUAACUGAAUUGUAGCUACAAACCUUUUGUAUACUCAUUGCAAUUUAAGUAUGUUCUGUAAAUAAAAUAAAAAAAAACAUUCACAAUUGAAUUGUUGGAAUAUGGAAUACCACACAAUUUGAAUAGAAAAUUUUUUACUUGUUCUCAGCAAAUAUUACAUACAGUGAACCACAAUAAAAAUAAAUAAGCAUCAUAGAACAUUCUACAAGCGAAUUCACAAUUUCUCAAUGCAAACACUUGACUGCUGUAUAGUCUUGCUUGUGGUGACCGGAAACCUGAGGGCUGUGGGGGAAAUAACUGCUGAAUUUGAUGGCUUAAUGGCUGUUUGUUUAACAAUGGCUAAAAAUCCCUGACAAAAAGAAUAGUGCAAAUGACAAAAUAAUUAUAAAUAAAAUACACUUUCUAGAAUAACCCAAACGCGAACAAAUUACAGUGCCUGUACAGAUCACACUUUAAAAACUAAAACAAUUAAACACGGGUUAAAAUAAAAAGGUACAGUUUUGACCAAAUAAAUUAAAAUACAGAAUACAACACUAACAAGGGUUCCUCAACCUUAAUAUUCAUAUUCUGGGUUUGAAUUUCCAAAGAGUGUCUUUUUUACUUUUCAGCUUUAUAUAUUAAAUAUUGAGGACACAUUGACAUAUUACCAAAUAUACUAAAAGCCUGCAGAAGU